AUGACACAAAAAUGCUGGAAGAAAGUGGCAGCGUUAUCCUGGGCCUUUCUCGAGUGCAUGUUUUUCUCGUCAGUUGUCCUGGGUUGGACUUGGCUGGCGAUCAUCCUCCGCAGCGACGGCUACUUCCCCAAGUACUGCAACUUGACCGUCAACUUCACACCCCGUGCCAGAAUAUAUGGAAACGACGCAAGUAUGAACGGUGUCUAUAAACUGGACAGUGACAUACCGCUGCCCGUUCCAAAAAAGACGAAAAAUUGUCGCCCACGCAGGAGAAAUGAUAGAUCCACACAAAUACGAGAAGCUUCUACGAUGUAUGCAGUUUCUCCUUGGGAGUCCGGUUCUGCGACAGGAGGUAUGCCUUUGAAAUACGGAGCAAGUCCACACUGGAAUGGCUCGAGUUUGGUCAGAAACGUCUUUGUUGAGGCGGAUUGGGUAUACAGAGCUGGAAAACAGACUCCACAAAGGUUAGUUUAUUCUUCUUUUUGCAGAUUCAAACGAGGAGAUCUGGCGAACCUGUCAGUGAUUAUGCCACCCUUACAGGCAGGUCCCGGGGUCGCUAGAGGCAUUGACCAGUCAAGUCCGACAGCUGCUAAAGACAAGGAAGUGGACAGCGGGAUGGCCAGAGAGUAUUGUCUGGAACAGAACGAGCAGCUGCGAUUGAUGUUUGCCGUGGUCAUCAUUAUUCGGGACGUGCUGGCCUUUCCGCUGGGCAUCUUCUAUGAUAAAUAUGGCACUACGCGGACACGGCUUAUGACUGUCGUCCCCUGGCUGGUGGUGCCGGCCUUAACCUUAACCGGCGUUGCCGGAAGUGCCGUGUUGCUGACCAAUCUGCAGACGGCGAAUCUGUUUGGCCGGAAACGCCAUGUGGUCGUGUCCCUUUAUGUGGGAGCAGCGUAUUCAAAUGGCGUCAUUGCGCUUCUCAUGCAGCUGUCGCAUUUCAACGGAGUCGAUAUUCAGACAUCAUUCAUGUUUCUGACCAUCGGAAUUGUACCGAUGCUUGUCUCCACUGUAGCAUUCCUGCCAAAAACAAGGAUACCCUGGCCCCUCCCAGCAGACUACGGCAAGAGAAGGAACCAAUCCUUAGACGAGGCCAUGCUACGCAAGCAGAGAGCAUGGCAAAGAAGAUUGUCAGAAGCAGGACCUGGCGUUUGUCGGAAGCCCCCGCCCAAAUUCUGGCCCUCGGCAGUGCAGUCGUUGUUUGUCUGGUCCGUCUUAUGGUACGGCAUUCAGAAGCUCCAAGAAGCUGUGUUUGAGACUCGUGUGGUGGACAUCGCUGCAAUGAAAGUUAUGGGCCCUUUAGACUUUGAGGCAUACUUUGGCUACGUGCAGCUUAUGGGAGCCUUCUGUUCACCUUUAGCCGGUGUCCUCAUAGACAGAUAUUUCCCGAGAGACUUGGGUUAUUCUCAAGCCACAAAGCAAAUGCAGCGAAUCGUUCCCGCCAUUGUAGCAACAUCCUGUUUGGCAGUGGCUGAGAUUGUGACAGAUAUGUUUCAUGGUCCCGCCCCUCAAGCCGUCUCCACCCUCUUCAACAUUCUGCAUAAAGUUUUCACACACACCACAAUGUGCGCCUUUGUCAUGCAU